AUGUCUCUUGCCGGACAAAUAGCUAUCGUCACUGGAGCCUCUCGUGGAAUCGGACGUGGAAUCGCUCUUCAACUCGGAGAAGCCGGUGCCACUGUCUACAUCACUGGCCGUAAGCCAGAAGAGAGUUUGAACAGUAAAGUUGGAUUAACUGGACUGGAAGCCACUGCUGAAGAAAUUACCAAACGAGGUGGAAAGGGAAUCGCUAGAUUUUUGGAUCAUCAGAAUAUGGAAGAAGUCAAAAACUUUUUCGAUGUUAUCGAGAAGGACCAUCAAGGACAACUCGAUAUCCUGGUUAAUAAUGCUUAUCAAGGUGUUACGGCAAUUUCUGAGAACAUGGGAAAACCCUUCUACGAAACGGAUCCAUACAUUUGGGACACCAUCAACAACGUUGGUCUCCGCAACCAUUAUUUCUGUACGGUCUACGCAGCCCGUUUGAUGGUUCAACGUAACAAGGGACUUAUUGUGAAUGUCUCAUCUGGAGGAGGUCUUCGUUAUCUGUUCAAUGUUGCCUAUGGAGUUGGAAAGCAGGCUUUGGACAGAUUAUCAGCUGAUACUGCUGUUGAAUUGGCUAAAAAGAACAUUUGCGUCGUUUCAAUUUGGCCAGGAGCCGUCAGAACUGAACUUGUCGACAAGAUGUUCAAAAAUCCAGAUGGAACUCCAAGAGCUGAAAUCAAGAAUGCCGAGGUUUUCGCUAACGGAGAAACUGUUGAAUAUCCAGGAAGAGCAGUAGUCUCACUCGCAUCUGAUCCUCGUAAAAUGGACAAAACUGGCCGAAUUCUGAUCACUGAGGAUUUGGGAAGAGAGUAUGGAUUCGUUGACAUUGAUGGACUGAAACCACCAAAUCUCCGUUCUGUCAGCUUCAUUCUGAAACACUUGGGAUGGAAUACCACCGCCAAUUUGGUUCCAAACUGGGUCAAGCUUCCAGGAUGGCUGAUCUGGGCCGGAAACAGUCGUUUGUAA